ACGUUCCACUCUACUCAGCGAAAGUGACGCCACCUAUCGUACUUCUCAAGCCCUCCAUCUUUCGUCCCAAAUAACUUGCAAUUUUAGAUACUUUGAGGCGUCCCACUCACCAUGUCGUCUCGUCUAUUGCAAGCAGUAAAAGUAUGCAGGCCCUGUUUGACUAGGCACCUCUUGCAACAGACACAAAGAAGACAUAUGUCUGGUCUAGAGAAAGUGACUCGUAUUAUAAAGAGAUCCCUAGGAAACGAAUCAGUAUAUUACAGAGAUGGUGACUGCUAUGAUAAGGAGUAUGUAGAGAUACCAUACAAUGUAAAAUUUGGCGUCUUGACGUUUUUAUCAUGCUUAUUCUUUUACUUCUACUACCAUCCUAUGAUAGAAAAAGUUGACAGGCCACAUUAUCAUGGUCCUAAUUUGCAUGAAUUUACCGAUGAGGAACUUGGAAUCCCACCAGAUGAUGAGUGAAUGAAUAAAAUGUAAUAAAAUAUGACAGCAGAACAUUCACUGUAAAAAUUUGACCUUUUAUGGUUAUCGCACUGAGUGUUCAAUAAUAUGGAUUACUUGCGAGAAAAAAAGUUGUUUGAUGAUUCAUGCAAAAUAAAUAUUUAUUCAGUUUUUA